AUGAACAGCUUUCUGUCUACUUAUAUAUAUGCCUUUCUGCUGUGGAUUUAUUCUGUGAGGUCGAAGACAAUCAAAAUUGACACACAGGAUUGUUUUGGAUUGCCAGAAAAACCAUUCAUUAUCUUUGGUGCAGUAGUUUCACAUACACGUGCAAUCGGCAGAACUCUGUGUUAUUUCCAACCGUCAGAACAAAAUCAGUAUUUGAGUAUUUAUCCUACGAAAUUAGUAUUACCUAGCCAAUUUGGAACGUGUCCAGUUAUACAGAUCAAAGAAUUCACAUCUGUUAGAGAUGAACUAAUUGAUAAUAGUGACGUAAAUAUGAUUAUACCAAUGAAAGUCCCUGAUGAUACUAAGUUAAUUUUUCAAGCCAACUGUACGAAUUAUCCAUCUAUGCUGGAUAAAGUCGUGCAUACAUCAUCAUCAAAUCUAAAAAUACAAAUUUUAUUUGACCCAGCUAAUUCCGCUGCAUCAGAUGUUACCUAUCAAUUUGUAAUAUCAUCAUACGUUUUAGGACCAUCAUAUAACUGUCCAUCAGAUACAUUUCGUUGUUGGGAUGCGGCUACUAAUUGCAUACCCGAUUCCCUGACAUGUGACACAAUUGCAAAUUGUCAUGAUGGAUCCGAUGAAAAUGGUUAUUUGUGUACUGGAAGAAUCAACGGUAUCCCUAUUCCAUUGUUUGCAAUUAUUAUAACUAUAUCAAUUUUUGGACUUAUUCUUUUGGUUUUAACUAUUGUAUUUGUUAUUCGCAAACAAAGGAAGCAUAAGCGCAAAACAGAGCAAACGUGGAUAGAUAUGACUACACAACCUUCAGCUAAGGCACAUCAAUCUCUGCUUACUGAGAGAACAUGA